CUUUAUUCACAUUAUAGGCUGUUAACUGUGACAAGAUUAGCAUCUGAAGAAAGUGGGGUUAGUGAAAGUAAACACAGUAAUAACAGAAUAACGCACCGGUGUUAGUUUUAUAGUUUAAUUUAGAUGUGGAAAUGGAGUGAAAUUGGGAUUGGGGCAUGUUCAGAGUUUCAUGAUCAUAGUAGGAUACUAGCCUAUAAAGAGACGCGAUUAAACACACGAUCACAGUGACUUCUUCUGUAAAGGGUUGACUAUAACGGACAACCUAAUUUUAUACAGAAUAAAAUAAAUUGCACAAAUGUCGGGAGGAGUGAAAAUCGCAUUCUACCGUAAAGCACAGCACGUUAUAAACACGCACCACAGGUACUAAACUAUUUAGUACGGUAGUGUGUGUUUUUUUUGGUGAUUUGGACAUAGCCCAAGUCACGUGUGCCAGGGCAGGAGCCAAUCAGACACCAGCCAGAGAGAACGGGAGAGAGAGAAAGAGAGAGAGAGAAGGAGGAGGUCACGAGAGAGAGAGAGAGAGAGAGACAUGAGCAAACAUCAAAAGAGGCAAAGCACGCUGUACCAUGCGAGCUCGCGCUCGAAAAUCGCAAUGUCGGAUCCACGGUGACGCGCAUCAUCUUCAUCCUCAUCUUCAUCCCCACCGUCGCUAUCAUCAUCACCACCACCACCACCAACAUUAUCUCCAUCGAUCGCCCCGUUUUGCGAAGGAAACGUAUUUUUUUCCGUCGGAGGAACUUCGCAGGAACACGGAGGGUCCGCGCGCGGGGAAACAUGGCCGAAGGAGGGCCGGGCGGAGACGCCGCCAAGUGCCCGGGGCAGGAGGAGCGGAGCCCGGGGCAGGUCCUGGCUGGAUCCGGGUACUGCAAAUGGUUCAAUGUGCGCAUGGGAUUUGGAUUUAUAUCGAUGACCCACAGCGAGGGGCGUCCAGUGGACCCUCCAUUAGACGUGUUUGUCCACCAGAGUAAACUGGUGAUGGAGGGAUUUCGGAGCCUGAGGGAAGGCGAGCAGGUGGAGUUCACCUUUAAAAGGUCCAGUAAAGGGCUGGAGUCGCUCAGGGUAACGGGGCCCGGGGGCGGACCCUGCUCCGGCAGUGAGCGACGCCCCAAAGGCAAGGCUCCACCCCCGAAACGCAAACCAAAGGGAGACCGGUGUUAUAACUGUGGAGGUCUGGACCACCAUGCUAAAGAGUGCAGUCUGCCGCCUCAGCCAAAGAAAUGCCACUACUGUCAGAGCGUGACCCACAUGGUGGCCCAGUGUCCCCACAGGGGGGCGCCGUCCCCCUGCAGCUCUCAGGACCCCCGGCAGCCCCGAGACGACGCCUACUCUUCGUCUCCGGAGGACACGCCUCCCACCUCUCAGCGCUGGAGGACGCCUCGAGACUGACCGCAGAAGACUCGCCUCUGAACUCUGACCUCUCCGAGAGAGCCUGGAUCCAGCAUUGUCUACCUCACACGCUCGAGGAACAAGGGAGGUCCUCGCUUCCUGCGCAGCUAUGGCUAGGGCAAAGGCCGUGUGUGUGUGUGUGUGUGUGUGUGUGUGUGUGUGUGUUAGGACCCUGACUGAUUUGCCCUCUAUGCAACUAAGGCACAGGUUAUCAGGGGGUAACUGAGCGUGUGUGUGUGUGUGUGUGUGAGGAAAGUGUGAGAUGUGCUGUGAGACACUGAAGUGAAUGUGAAUCCAAAUCCAUAGUCGUCGUCGUCGUCAUCAUCACGUAAACCUCAUGACGUCUUCAAGCUGCUAAUUUCGAUCAAACUGCUAUUACGAAGAGUUACGUUUUCGUUUUGUUUUGUUUGUUUGUUUGUUUUUUUUAACAUCGCCAGUCCUUCAGGUCAAAACAAAUCGCUCCACUUUAACAAGCCGGGCCGCUCAUGAGCGCCGACCAGACGCGUCGGCUACACGCUAAUGCUAACGCCGCAGAGUCGUAACUGACCAAGGUCGGGUCCACACUGACACGCGGGGCGUUUGGAACGGUUUCCGUAACAACGCAAUCGCGCUUUCUUUUUCUUCUUUUCGUACGCGAUACAAAGCGUUCCGCGGUAAAAAUUCAAAUCCCGCCAUCUUGGAAUCGUUGCGCUCACGUGACAAUCACACGUCAACGUUUUUCGAGAAAUCGCCGUGUCCGUUCGUUCACGCAACAACGCGAAACCGUUUUUUUUUUGUUUUUUGUUUUUUUGCGUUUUCAACCUUCCCUGUUUUCGUGUAGACUAAACUCCAGGCUACGUUCACACUGCAGGUAAACGUGGAACCUGACACAAACGCAUCGUUCCGCUCGGUUUAACGUGUUUGUUUGUUUGUUUGUUUUAUUUUCCUACUGUUUUGCAGACGGUUUUGUUUGCUAAAUUUUCCAAUCGCGAUAAGAAUCGUUCUAUAAAUCGGUUUCAGAUUUUUACGUCCUUUCACGUCGGCAGCAGUCGUCUACGUCCGUGAAAGGCUGACGUUUCUCUCUCUCUCUCUCUCCGUUAACAAAAAGCUCAGCGAUUCCUAGCCUUUUACUUCCACCUGGGCCGAUUUAAGGAGGAGAUACCGUAUAUCCACGUCCGUUUCCCCCCCCCCCACGGACUGCGUGCUGACGUAAUUGGAAAUGCUUUCACGUGUAAUUUAUUUAUAUAUUCGGAGUCGGAAUUCCUAAAAUGAACGGCUGUUGCGCGUGUAUCGAAGACGGAGAUGAAGAAACACGGGACCUUUUUGUUUAAAUACCAGAAAUAUCGGUUUUGAGCUUUAAGGCUUGCAGUGUGAACAUAGCCAAAGUGUGUGUGUGUGUGUGUGUGUGUGUGUGUGUGUGUGUGUGUGUGUGUGUGCGCUAAUCAUAUGUGGAGCAGGUUGUUGUAGAUGUGGUUCUCCUUAAGACGUUUAUGUCUGUGUAAAGGUAUUAUAUCUAUAGCGUAGAGUCGUUUCCUGGAAAGUGACGACAGUUCCGCCGCUUAAACAUUAAUAUAUAUGCGCUUAAAAGAUUUUAUGAACGUAUCGAGAUUUAUGUAUAUAAAAGCUAGGUAGCUAAGGUUGUUUUUUGUUUUUUUUUUUGUUCUGUUUUACCCCAGCCACGGCAUUAUCGCGCACCGCGUUCGAUCUCAGCCGAGACGCAGUCACCGACGCAGCUCAAUUUAAUUCCACGUGAAGAGAUUAGCAUUGUUAUUAGCUAACAGCCACGAAGACUAGCAUGGUAGCUAGCUAACUUGUACGGAUAUUGUUGAAAAUGCAGUUUUUAACCCUUUGUUUUCGGAAAAAAAAAUUUAUUUUGUAUUUUUUCGGUUCUAAAACGUUCACAUGAGCACGCCAGCCCAGUAGGUGGCGAUAGUACGUCGUGAAUAAGCGUUUAAAAAAAACAAACAACCCCUGCAAUCUUCAAGCACAACGAUUCCUGACGCUUCGCAGUGACGAACUCUCACACCAAAUCUACGGUCCGACGGCGAUCACGCCGAGGCGCAACAAUAAAACGAAGCGAAAUUAAACAACACGUUAUCAGAUUAGAAUUUACAGAGCGCGGAGUAACGGCGCAGCGGGACGUACGUUUUUCUCGACCGUGUAAUUUUUAUACUUUUUUUUUUUUUUUCAAAAUCCUUGUUUUCAUCGACUCGGAAUUGAAUGUUCUUGUGAUACGCGUAGACAAACUUCGCUUUCAGAUAAACCCGUAUGUUUGCGGAAACUGGGGCCGGUUUCUUUAGCCAAGGACGUGAAAACGCUCACGCGUGACGCUAACGCAGGGCGAGUCGCGAUAGCGGGAUCACGCCUGCGCGCUCGAUCAAACCUCUCGCCGAUCGCACCUUUCGAGUGUGUUUCGGAUCGUUUACUCUCUCAGCGAACUCUCUGCCUUCGGGAUCUGGAACAAGAAGUAGCUUUUUCGAACCGGACUGUUAUGUUACGUGAGCGUGAAGGGGCAUCACGCCGCUUACCGUCUCUUUAAUGUUCCGUUAUUAGUCAUUAAUAUUAAUAAGAGAGAGACUCAUCACUAACUCCAUCCUGGCACUCUUAACACAGAGAUUAUAGUCAGGACAGGAGGAUAUGCUGGUGUGUGUGUGUGUGUGUGUGUGUGUGUGUGUGUGUGUGUGUGUGUGUUUUAAUCCAGAGAGAGAAAGACAGUGCUGCUUUUCAUAAUCACUUGAACUGGCGCAAAAAAAAAAGGAAGAGAAAGCGUCCGCGACUGCGGCGACGCGCCUCUGACCACGCUGAAUGUGAAAACUUGUUCACCUCGCAGCCGGUUACAUGAACUCGUGGUGGUGUUUUUUUCUUUUCUUUUUUUUUUUUUUAUCAUCUUGUGUGUCGACGAAUCAAACGGUUACACACCGUAUACCGUAUUCUCCGGAAUAUAAGACGCAGAUUUUUCUUCCUCUAGCAGGUGACUCGUUAUGCUAAUGCUAAGACUAGUCUCCAGCUGGAAAUGUAGUAAAUUUAGUGAGCUAGCUAGCAUGAGUGCUUAGCUUAAACUUCUUUUUUAAAAUAUUUUCCACAACUUCUCAUGAAAUCCCAUGACAUUUAAGCUAGCUAGCUAGCUUAGCCUGACCUUUUGAUUGACAUUUCAGACUUGCAAGACUAGCGCCUGGCUAGAUCCUUAGCGGCAGGCUAGUUAGCUUAUCUGGCUUGAAUCUCUCACUCGCCUGUUUGUUGAGCAUCCGCGACACUAUACUACCAGACUACCUAGCGAAAGCUCGCAAGUCCAGUACUUAGCUGUAGGCAAGAAGUAAACUUACUUAGCUAGCUACCAUAAACGUCUCAGCUUUUUGUGUCCAAUUAUCGUGGCUUGUUUCCCAAAAUUCACCAUGAUGUGCUACGUAGCUAGCUAGCUAACUCACUUUCAUUCUGCGCUCUAGCUAGCUGCUAGUGUUGCAGGAUUUCGCUAGACAGUCUGGUCACAAGUCUUAAAGUAAGAGGCCAUUGAUGGACGUUUCAGACUCGCGAGACUAGAAGCUAGCUAGAGCCUGGAAGUAAGGUUUGAACUGUCUGGACGGCCAAAAAAAGGCAUAUUUUCAACGUGUCAUCAAGCUAGUUAACUAACUAACUAACGUUAUCUCUUAGCCCUAGCUAUUGAUUGUGCAAGGAUUGAGUUCAGACUUGCGAAACUAAUAGCUAGCUAGAACCUUAGUAGCAAAUGAGUUAGCUAGCUAGCUUGCAAGUCUCCAGAUUUUCGUGGGUCUUAAACACCAGCGCGACUUCUGGAAAAUACGGUAUAUGUACUGGGUUUUUAAACGAUAAAUCAGCUCUAUUUUGGUAUAGACGUGUAUACCAAAGAUGACGACUGUGCCGAAGUCGUUCAGAGUGUGGAAGUCCGACGAUAAUCUCCCGCGAAACGAUCCGAACCGAAGGUCCGACGCCGCCGCGGCGCGGCGCGGCGUAUCGACUGCACGGUCGUCAUUAUUACGUUUUCUCUGUGUGCAUGCGUGCGUUCUGUUGAAUCCAUCACAAAAAAAAACAACAGCAAACGAAACAAAACACAAUCUGGAGAGAGCACAGUUUUAUGAUACUGCGUAUUUUUUUACCCACAAUUCCUCUCAGGAUGAACUUCUCUCAGGGAACGAACGGAGUAACAGAACUGAUCCUAUUCUCUUGGGAAGACUGCGCCGUUUUCUUCAACGCAAAACCUCAUCACUGUUGAUUUUCCACACACGCAGUACAACACGUGUACUGACCUGUUAACUACUACCUCUUUGAGUUAUACAUAGUCAUGCGUUUGUAAUCCGAUUGUUGUUGUUGUUGUUGUUGUUCCAUGGGGUUUUUGCUUUCUUUUUUUUUUUUUUUUUCUUUUUUUUUUCUGUGCCAUAAAUGAAUGUUUUAUUUCUAUGGUAAUAAGUUUUGUUUACAGCAAAAGCCUACCUCGUUUUCUCUGUUCAUCUCGGCCCGUACGAGGUCAGCGCGUGAGGUUCUGUCCUGAUGUGACGAUGGGGAGGAAAUCAGACAGAGCGUCGUAUUCAUUUCCGACAAUAUCAGGCUUUGGCCAUUUUGCAGUAUAACGUGUCUUUAUACAGAGAAUAGCGAUCUGUGUGUUUGUGUGUAAAGCUGGACAUACACUACACGCGAAAAAAAAAAAGAAGAGUUUUGUAAGAAAAGCAUAUUGUAUAUGUGUACGAAAUCAGCACAGUUUUAACACGAAACGGAAAUGGAGCUGGGCGUAGCGCCGAUAUCGCGAUACGCUAACGUCUCGCGUUGCUACGUGUGCCAAGAGGGAUUUUUAUUUGGAAAAUUCACGCUGCGUUUCAAAUGUAGCUAUUCAAAUUCGAAUUCGAAUUCGAAUGUCACAAAAUUCUGGAAAAUAAACCAAGACUUAGUCGUGUAAUCAUUUACGAACUGGACUUCGGACAUUCUGUGAAUGAAAUGUAACGUUUCGGCUUGGCUGGAGAACAGGAACGGGUUAAUUUACGGGAAAUAUUUCGCUAAUCAUAGCAGAAGGAACCACGAUGUUUUCUCGGGUUUGUAACCUUUUAGUUUAACGCGGCUAGCUAAAGCUAGGUUCGCUAAAACGCUACGAACUACACGGACGUAGCUUAACUACAUCCACGUCUGUUAUCACCCCUGCUGCUAAUUACAGGUAAUAGCUAACCAAGAAAAAGUAUCGAUUAAGAGAAUGAAACAUAUCCGUGUUUAUCAGCGCUAGUUGUUUUGAUUAAAUUGUUCAUCUGAUGACACAAUUUUUAUUUGAAAAGUCAUGAAACCUAGCAAGCUAAUAUCUUGACUAGCGACACUACUUCUUCACUGUCGCGUCCGCGGAUAUAGCUAUAUCGUGUGUCAGGUUUAUACACAAACGUUUUGCUUUAACUUCUGACAGAAUCAAAUAUUUUUACCUCAAAGGGUUUCGAUCAUUUGCUAGGACGCUAUGAAAUCAGGCUAACAGUCCUGUAGUGUUUGUCCAGCUUCACUCUUUAGUCGAAGUGUAUGAACACUGAUCGGCCGCCAUGUGUUUUACUCCACGCGAGUUAGAAUUUUGAUGAAAAAAAUUCUCUGAUUUAACCGUUUUUCUUCGAGUAUGAAGGUAUAAAUCGACACUGAAGGUAGAGAAACUAACUCAGUCUUAUCGGAAGUGCCAGUAAGUACAGAAUUGAUUUUAUGUUUGUCACUGGAGUGCCUGUUCUCAUUGCCAUGAAUGAAGUUGUAUCGUUAUUUUAAAGCUGCCUUUAAAAAAAAAAAAAAAAAAAAAAAAACAGUUCCUGGGAAUUCUGGGAAACGGCCUUUAGUUGGCGUCCCUCGUUUGUCGUAAACGGUUUUGUUUUUUUCCUCGCAUUAAUACCUAAAAAUAAAUGGGUAGGCAUGUUUACGAUGUAUAAAUCAUGCUAAUUACAAACUCUUUUAUCAUGAUUUACAAUAUUAUUACUAUAUUAUUUAUACAUUUAUCUGUUGUUUUUUGGUUUUUUUUGUCACACAGUUGACUAUUUAGAUAGACAAACCAAGCAGGUCAUCUGACACCCUGAUGAAAUGUGUGGAACCUGGUGAUAUUUCAAGCGAUCCGUGAUAUUAACGAUAUUUCAAUAAUAAUAAAAGUGUAUUGUUUAAUCGAUUAGCGGCGCAUGUCUAUAAACACGUAGCGCCGUACCAAAAGGCCAUCUACAUUCCUGUAACAUUGAUUUCCACUGUUUUUUUCAUUUUUCACUUUGAGGAGCUGAAAUACAACUACCGACGCGCUUAAAUCUGGUUUCAUCAGUUUAUUGUUGGAUAGAAGAGAAUGAAUGCAAUAAAUAAAUGAUUUAAAUUUUCAGACCUCCUUUUAUCAACAAAAUAUUCUCUCUCUUUUUUUUUUUUUUUAAACAACGUAGGUCUGCAAUACAACUUACAGAAUGUUCAUUUUUAAUCGUUAGGGUAAACGUCAAGCCAAGUAGUUUUUGUUUCUGGGUUUACAUUCAAAUAAAUUCAUGGAAUCGUAACAUGUUUUCCGUACAGCGCUGAAAAUCGGAAUUUUUUUUACGGAAACGCAGCGCGAAUGAUCAUAAAGUUGUGACCUGAAAAUGAUAUUGUUUUGUAAACCGGUUAUAAUCUCAGUUCUAUUGCAGGAACAGCUUGACAAAACAUGGUGUUCCCCUUAACACCAAAUGUAGUCGACCUGCCAAGACAUGCAUGUUGGCUGAUGUUUUUCAUUUUUUAUUUUUUCAUGACUAAGUGAAGAUUGUAACUACCAACUGUACAUGCCUAGAUCAACACACAGGCAUCAGAGUGUAUGAAACGUGCACUUUGUACAAUGCUAAACUGGAAGCUGGUGAGCUAUAAGCUUCCUUUACAUGUUAUUAGUCAUCAGUGGUGUGUUAGCUGAUAAGAAAACAUUUCCUGAUUGGUAAAACGCUUCCUUUAAACUUAUACUAACACUUGAACAUUAACCACAGUCUGUUUUGUUUUUUAAUAUGAAGGGUUUUUUUUUCUGCGUUAAAACCUCCAAUAGCCGUGUCGGCUGCUGCGUUAAAAGCCUCGAGGGAUUUUAAAAGUAAAAGUAUUCUUGUACGCCUUCUGCUUCAUAAAAGUAAGCAUGAAACUUGGUCUAAUGAGGGAGAUAAUGUUCUUUUUGAUAUUGACUGAUCUGAAGAAACUAGCAAUUCUGAAAUAAUUUGGACCUAGAUGAAAAUGUAUUCAGGCAGUACAUCAUAUUAGCCCUAAUGAAGUCAGUGUUCGCUGAACUCGUAUGCCUUCUCAGUGCUCAGAUUGUAACAUAUUCACUGUAGGCUUCAACUUGUGUUCCUGUUCCUGAAGCACUGAUUUGUCUUUUUUUUAUUAUUAUUAUUUUAUUUUAUUUUAUUUUUUUUGCUAUGAUUUGAAAUGCAUAUCACUCAUUGUAUCCUCAUUAUUUGGUCGGUGAAUCUUUGGAUUUUUGACGGAUGUUUAAUUGUCUUACUUUUGAAAGGAAUGGACUGAAAUUAAAACCUGCUAUAUCAACAUGAA